AUGGCUUGGCAACAUAGGGAUUCCGUCUUCUUGUUUUUGAAGUUUGUCGGCUUGCCCCUUCCGUACCUACUACGAUUAUUGUCUCCGACGAGAGUUGUAGAUCACACUGGCAUUCAUUCGCCCCCAAGAGUGUAUAACAGUAUUACCAAACAGGAUGAGGCGGACGUAAAAGUACCUAACCCCCAUAAGCACCCAUUGCCGGAUGAUGUUCCCAAGCCAAUAAUCUCUGGUCUCUCCGUCCGUACGACGCCUUCUCUCAAAAUGCCAAGUGCCAAGAAAAAUGCAGAAAAAACACCGCCCGCCAAGACCCCGGAAUCGGUGGGGAUCGGCAGAUCUCCGCCCAGGAUUUGUCCCCCCGUUGAAGCAAACAAACAACCCAAAGCACCAAAGCCGCAUGAUUUGACUGACGACGAACAAUGGAGAUCCUCAUUACGCGCUGGGGGAAGGCUCGGCUUGGGGCGUUACGUUAGGGUGACAAGGUAUCAGUUGACGCCAUUUUUGCAUGCGAAGUACUAUCUGGUCGGGUAA